AUGCAUGCCAGACGUAUCUACGUAUGCUGCAGAUAACGGAAUAUGAGUUCUACAGACCGUUUGGCGAUCGUAGUUAAGUUCCCACACCACAUCGCGCGAGAUAACGGACAACUCGCGUUCCUCUGUUGACAAGCGAUUUUUUUUAUUUAUUUAACUAAUAAGCGAUAUGGCCAGUAAACCAGCUACGAUGGACUUCGAAGGCAAAGUGGUAUUAGUGACGGGCGCAAGCGCAGGUAUCGGGGAAGCGAUCGCCUUGUUGUUUGCUCGACGGGGCGCGAAGUUGGCGCUGGUGGGGCGCAAUGAGUCUGCGCUGCGGGCCGUGGCGGAGCGCUGCCGGGCGAGCGGGCGGGACGCGCUGCCCCUGGUGGCGGACCUGGCCACCGACGCUGGCUGUGAGAACGUCGCGAAACUCACCCUUGAGCAUUUCGGAAGAUUGGACGUGCUUGUAAACAACGCGGGCGUGGGGGCUCGGACCACACUCGAGAAGACUGACAUGGAGAUAUUUGACCAAGUGUUUGCACUGAACGUGCGCGCCGUGUACAAUCUGACGCGGCUGCUUGCCCCGGCGCUGGUGGCAACGCGGGGCAACGUCGUCAACAUCUCUAGUAUCGCCGGCUCUACCACUUACGUCGGCUGCUUGCCGUAUAGCAUGUCAAAGGCAGCGCUGGAUCACUUCACCAACUUAACAGCAUUGGAGCUGGCACCUAAAGGUGUCCGAGUGAAUACUGUCAGCCCGGGAUUAACUGCGAGCACAUUCGUCCAAAGGCUGACAGGCUAUACGGACGAGGAGUACGCGGCGUGGCUGCAGCAGUCUGAGCGUGGCAUACCACUGGGGCGCGCGUGCGCAGGACACGACGUAGCGGCCAUGGUGGCGCACCUGGCGAGCGACGCGAGCGCGCUCGUCACGGGCGUUAACGUGCCCGUCGACGGCGGGCUGCGCUUCAACGUUGUAGCCACUGAUCUCGUUAAGAAGCAGGUGAAGUGAGCUCCGCAAGUACCUCCCUCUCUUGUACUUCGUUAACUAUAUCGUGGUUAGAAUGUGAGGUAUCAGAAUAAUGUCAGGUAAUCCGCUACUAUUAUGUCUCUUUAGCGCUAGCUAGGCUGUGACCUAGGUACAGUCAUGAGCAUUAUAAUGUACCCACUUUAGGACUCUGUCGCACUAACAUAUUUGACAUUUAGUGAGACUUACAGAAUUUCUCAAAAAUGUUAAUGUAACACGGUACCAAAGUGCAUACAUAUUAAUGCUCGUGACCGUACACUAUCUUUCUGUAUUGCUGCCAUGUUAAACAAACUAUGUUUAAUGCGCUAUAAUGUCCGCGAAGCAACACUCAGGCCUCCAAGAGAUAUGAAGAUUUAUUAUUCCAUUCGUAGGUUGAACUAUGGUAAUGUUUACUUAUAAGUUAUAAGUUUUAUUUUUUAUAUUAUCGUUCAAAUAUAAGUGAUCAUAUGAAAACCGAUUUUG